CACAAACACCAUCAAUAAACCUAUGAUUAAUCCCAUCCGUAUUACGUGUCCAUCGACAGGUUUCUUACUUUUGUAUUCACUGUGGAUAUCAAGUCCACAAGUGUGCUUAAUAUCCAACUUUAGGCAGACAUAACAAGCGACCCUGGUCAAUUACCCCGCCUACCAAAGUUGUGUUAAACACUGACUGGCGUUUUGAACCUUUGGGACCUCAUGUGCUGUGCGGUCAAUUGUGUUUAUGCUCAGCUUCAAGCCCAUGAUCAACUACACAUAGAUAGCACUUAGGGCCCUCCUGUAAUUAUCGAAGUGCACCUAUCGAGAUGGACGAGCACAUUGAGGACACCGGUCCACCGGUUUUGAGGACCAUCCACAGCAAACCGUUGCUGAUAUACGGAACAUCUCGAAAGGAAAACCGGACAGCGUUUCUUACCGAAACGGCUUUGAAUAUCGGGUUCACAGCUGUUGAUACAGCAAACUAUCCGCCCGCCUAUAAAGAGUCUCACACAGGCGAUGGUAUCGCAGCAGCUCUCAAGUCUGGCGUCGUCAAGCGGGGAGAUCUCUGGAUUCAAACAAAGUUCUGCCCAGCUUUUGCGAUGCCUCGCGACCAGCUCCCAUACAAUCCAGAUCAGAGCAUCGAAGGACAAGUAAAGGAAUCAAUCCAACAAAGCCUAGAGAAUCUGAAAGUCGAAUACCUUGACGCAUUCCUACUGCAUGGACCUUACCGCGAUAACGAGGACAGCAUUGCCGCAUACAAAGCUUUCGAGCAAUUUGUUCCGCAUACCAUCAAGCAGCUCGGCGUGUCCAACGUGAGUCUACAACAACUGAAGGCCGUAUACGAUGCAGCUUCUGUCAAACCCACCAUUGUGCAAAACAGGUUCAUGCGCGAUACGUCCUAUGACAUUGAGGUCAGACACUUCUGCGCAGGCCACAACAUCACGUACCAAGCAUUCUACAUGCUUACGCACAAUCCCGAGCUGCUUGCAUCAGACGUUUUGGCAUCGGUUGCUGAGAGGUUAAACAUUGAGAAGGAGGUGGCCUUCUACGUUUUGGUUUUGAGUCUCGGGGAUGUGCAGGUUCUCGACGGUACGACGCAAUCGGUGAGGAUGAAGGCCGAUCUGACGGAGAUCACCUCAAUAUUCAAGAACGAUAGAACGAUAUCGGAUCUCAAGCCAUUUGUUAUCGAGUUUAAAAAACUAUUACAAACGAGCGUUUGAAUAGCUGAUAUAUUUCUUGGAUAUGUGCUCUAUUAUACGCUCACUCUCUGUCAAACGUCGUAACAUGUCGCGAAUAAACUUAAAAUGAUC